GGGUAUACACACUACGACUCCACACAGAGUCUCGGACAGUCGCGAGAAUCCAUUUCACGUUUCGUUGCUUAUCGCCGAUAAUUUGCCGUCGAAACUUUUUUUUUACGUUAUUCCGCGCUCGCAACAUCAGUCUAACAUGAGCAGUGUUGAGCCACAGAGCAAGAAAACAAAGAUGGUCUCGAGUUUGGAACAGCUGAAGCAACUGACCACCAUCGUGGCUGACACCGGUGAUUUCGAAGCGAUGAAGGUGUACAAGCCCACCGAUGCCACGACGAACCCAUCGUUGAUUCUGUCGGCUGCCGGUAUGGAACAGUACCAACACCUGAUCGACAAAGCUGUUAAACAUGGCCUGAAGCAUGGAGCCACCGAGGACGAGAGAGUUGCCGAGGCAGCGGACAUGUUGUUCGUCCUGUUUGGGUGCGAAAUCCUCAAGCUAGUUCCGGGACGUGUUUCCACCGAGAUCGACGCCAGGUUGUCCUUCAACAAGGAUGCUUCAGUGACAAAGGCACUUAAACUCGUUCAGUUGUACGAAGAAAACGGCAUCGAUAGGAAGCGUGUGCUCAUCAAGCUGGCAUCCACUUGGGAGGGUAUUCAAGCUGCCAGGGUACUCGAGAAGGAUCACGGUAUCCAUUGUAAUCUCACGCUGCUGUUUUCAUUCGCUCAGGCCGUCGCUUGUGCCGAGGCCGGUGUCACACUUAUUUCCCCAUUCGUGGGACGCAUUUUGGACUGGUACGUCUCCAACACCGACAAGAAAUCUUACGAGCCAGAGCAAGAUCCGGGUGUUGUUUCGGUCACCAAGAUCUACAACUAUUACAAGAAGUUUGGCUACAAGACGGUUGUUAUGGGUGCUUCCUUCCGCAACACUGGUGAAAUUCGUGCUUUGGCCGGAUGCGAUCUGCUAACUAUCAGCCCUAAAUUGCUUGGUGAGCUUGAGAAAAGUGAAGAGCCCAUCAAGCGGUAUUUGGACCCAGACACAGCCAAAGCUAGCAGCUUGGAGAAAAUCGAAAUGGACGAAGCCACAUUCCGUUGGAUGCUGAACGAGGAUCAAAUGUCAACCGAUAAACUCUCGGAUGGCAUCCGAAAGUUUGCCGCCGACGGGCGUAAGCUGGAAACGAUGCUCCGCGGGCUGAUCCAGCAGUCCGCUUGAAAUGAUUGCUACUUUCGUGAUAAAUGAUACAUAGUUGGUCAUAUUUUUGGGAACAUUAGCUGUUAAAGCGAACGAUUUUGUACAAUCCUUUUAGACUUCAAUAAAUAAAAAAUGGCGUUUUUCGGUUAA